AUGCUAGCUAUCCGNCCAGCACCAAAAUACUCUUUCGGCUAUGACAUUCAAGAUGGCUACACUGGCGAUUCGAAGAGCCAACAUGAGACGCGUCAUGGCGAUGUGGUCAAGGGCAGCUAUUCACUUGUUGAUCCGGAUGGCACCAAGCGCACUGUGGACUAUACCGCUGAUCCGCAUAAUGGCUUCAAUGCCGUUGUGCGUAAGGAACCCAUUGCUUACAAAGUCGCCCACGCCCCUGUUCCAGCUCCCAUAGCACCCGCACCCAUCGGCCCAGCAGUAGCCGUGAAGGCACCAGCCAUUUCCUAUCCAAUAGCAAUCGCUCCAGCCCACAUUCCAGUCCCAGCACCAGCACCAGUCCCAGCACCAGCACCCGCUCCCCUACCCAUUGCACAUGCUGGCCCACAUUUUGCUGCAGCCUAUCCAGCUUUGGCACAUAGCUCUGCCUAUGCUAGCUAUCCGCUCGCUGCUGAUCCGCAUUACGGUAACUAUUAUCCGCACUAAGCUCGACGAAUGGCAGGCAUUGAAAGCAUUUUGGAUAUCGUCCAAGGCGACUAUUUACUUUGAAAUGAUUUUGCUAAUAUUACAUUACGUUAUUUUUCCGCUUUGCAUCUAUCAGCUACCUCUUUUCUUUGAUAAUUCAUAUAAACAUACAUACAUACUCACAUAUAUAUAUAUAUUUGAAUAUAUAAAUAUUUGUAUUUUUGCAUAUCCGUUUAAUUGCUUUUAUUAUGGCAUGGCAUUUAAUUAUUACUCUGGCACACACAAAAAAAAAGUAAUAUUAAAUAUUCCAUAUCAUAAUCGCAAUCAUAAUCGCUAUUAACGGUUCAUUCAGUAUAUUACUUAUAAAUAAAUACAUAUUUUUAAUUUGAGUAUUGAUGGAAGGACGUACAUUUAUACGAGAAUUACAUACACAUACAGUUAUGCCUUUUACUAUAUAUCUCUCUCUCUCUCUCUUUCUCCUUUUUGCUCUCUUAUGUAUUUCCAAUCACAAACAAAUACGAUUACAAUGUUAGCAUAAUGAUUACAUUAUUAGAAUUAGAUUCGAAAGCGUGUGUGUUGUUGUUUUCUAAGCACUAAGUUUUAAGAUUUUUUACGAACUUAAUUUUUUAUACAUACAUGCAUACAAAUAUUUAAAUAAAACAGGUACAUUGUGUAUAUAA